GUGCCAUUCACUGGUCGCGCAACCUUCUCAAUCUUCUCCGAUGUUUGCAAGCAGCAAGGGGGCCGGUGUGCUAAAGGCUAAAGCGUAACGCUCUUAAGCUAUCUUUGAAAAUUUCUAAAGGGAAAAAAGGAGCAGUGCCCUCUUCAACACGGAGGAUUGUGGCCAGGUUUAGAGUUCUUGGUGCCAGUACGCCGCCGUCUAUGAUCAAAGAGCUACUCAUUUUCUUUAAAAGUAUAGUUUUGAUCGAGCAUCGAGAGGUGCAAUAAAAGCCUUUGAAGAGUGUUUGGUGCAAGCACCGUCCUCUACGAAAAGAUGGCGUCAGGAAAGCCCGAACAAUUUGAGUGUCGGCGGCCAGCCAAUCCAGAGAACACGAAGUUCCAGAAUAUCAAAGAGCACUUUGAGGACUUCAAGAACGCCUCCAUGGAGGAGCACAAGAAGUGCCUCAUGAACACUUUCAACAAAGUGUUUUCCAUAGGCAGCAGCAAGCCGGCUGCGGAGCCUGCCCCAAAGCAGGUGCUAGCGGGCGCCUCACAACAAAGUGCACCACAGGAGGUCGAAAGUGUCUUGAAAGUACGGGCUACUAGCUUAUAACCAUACCCUUCAGAGUGCAGAAAGGCAAGCAGGUGAUGCAGGAAAGGUCAGCUGUUGUAAAUAUCAGGUGGCUCUCCAUGCUAUAAAUUUGCAGCCGAGAGCAACCAGAUGUUAGACCGGGAGCCGUCAAAAAGGCCUGGAUAAGCUGCGCAUGGACGAGCUCGAAUCGGAAAUUCGUGACGACGGUACCCAUUCCUUUGCACAGGCUGAGGCCAUUUAGAUUUAGCGCCCCUGGUUCCUCGAUCUAGUGCCUGCAAUGAUCGGUGCAAAGUCUUGUGUUCAAUUGGUUUCUUGGCUGCGGACUUCUGCAAAGAUUUUGAUUUGGCCGCCAGCUCUACUAAGAGGGCUUGCAGCUAGCCAUGCAGCCGCCAAUGAUUGCAGCCACGCCAGCCAGCCAGGCUGGCAGAUGCAGAAGAUAUUACUAGCUUUCGUUAUCGCCGACAAGUUGGUCAUUCGCAGAUGUGCACUUAAGCGUCGGACAGUUUGAUGAAAUGUUUGAGGGCCGCCAUUGUGGAAUUCAUGCAAAUGAUACCGCAC